CUUCCCCUUACCUUCUUUGACUCACAAAAGCAAAGAAAAGAUAGCCAGUCGCCGAUGAUACAUAAGAUAGAUAGAUUUGCAGAGCCGACGAGAAAACGAUGAAGCACAUUUUCAAGAAGCUUCAUAAAGGCACUAAUCACGAUCCCAAUCGAUCAAACGAUCCUCCUGCUACUACAUCCGUUUCCCCUUCCAGUACAUCCGAUUCCCGGCCAGUUUCAGGCCAAAGUUCAAGUCAGUCUCCGGUCAGUCUUUCGUCGGGAGCUGCAACAGAGACAUCUCCAUCACCGCAGCUUGCGGUAUCUGCAGUCAAUCGACAGGACUAUUACUCGUCGGAAGAGGAUUAUCAGCUUCAGCUUGCCCUAGCUUUGAGCGUAUCAGGUCCUGAAUCUCGUCAAGAUCCAGAGAAUGAUCAGUUACAUUCGGCCACGCUUUUGAGCUUGGAACGCCAUAGAACUGACACUGUUAGAGAACGAGAUGAUGCUGCGGAUUUAUUGUCGCGGCAAUAUUGGGAAUAUGGUGUGCUUGACUAUGAGGAGAAGGUAUUGGAUGGAUUCUACGAUGUUUAUGCACUCUCCCCUGAAUCAUCACUCCAUGGAAAAAUGCCAUCUGUUGCUGACCUUGAAACAAAUCCUGGAACAUCUGGAUUUCAAGCUAUAAUUGUCAACUGUAGAAUUGAUCGGUGUUUGGAGGAGUUGCUGCAGAUUGCACAUUGUAUUUCUUUAGACUGCCCAGCAGUCAACGUUAGUAUACUGGUGCAAAGACUUGCGGAACUUGUUAUAGAGAACAUGGGCGGGCCUGUAAAGGAUGCUAAUAUCAUCCUGGGUCGGUGGAUAGAAAGAAGCACUUAUUUGAGGACAUCUCUCCAUACCAGUGUUCUACCUAUUGGAUCUUUGAAGAUUGGGCUUUUACGUCAUAGAGCGUUACUUUUUAAGGUGUUUGCAGAUUACAUUGGACUACCUUGUAGAUUGAUAAAAGGAAGUCAUUUUGCUGGGAUCGAAGAUGAUGCUGUGAACAUUAUAAAGAUGGGAAAUGAAAGUAUUUCAUAUCCAUUAUGUUCCAGUGAAUUUUUGGUUGAUCUUAUGGGAGACCCGGGAACGCUUAUACCAGCUGCUGAUGUGUUUCAAACAAAGGAUAUUGCAUUGAAAUCAUACAACCCAAAAUCAAGCAAACUUCCAAAUCUUCUGACAAAUCAGGGAUCUGGGGAACCUUACCCUCCACAAAAGCCAUUAUUUGGUUAUUCUGAAAGCAGUUCUGGACUUUAUGUUGGGGGAAAUCAUUCUUCUGAGGAGAAAUUAGACAAUAAGGCAACUGGGUCUACUGCAAAUAACAUUAUAGGGAUUGGUCCUUCAGGAACCAAUAAGCCAGCCUCUUCUAGUCUAUCGGAUCAUCACUCGUUGGCAAUUGGUACUUCUAUGAAUAAAGAAACUCGUGUUCCUAAUGCAGUUGCCACUGCCUCCAGGAUGAAUAUGAAUGUGGUUCCACACAUGCAGAAUAGUUCUGAAGAUCCUAAAAAUCUUUUUGCUGAUCUGAACCCAUUUCAGAUCAAGGGAUCUGGUAAGCCUUCUGUACAAAACAAUCCAUUUUGGUCCAAGAAUGGCGAGUUUCAAAGGGAAAGUUAUGAUCUUGUCUCUGGUCGACCACAUGCUCCAUUAAUAUGGAAGAACCGUCAGGCCUGUAAUGAUAUCCCAAGGAAAAACGAAUCUGAUUUUGUGGAGAGAAAGAAUCAGCAGAAAGUUGGUAACUUGGCAUCAUCAGCUUUUACUACCUCUUCAGCAUUAGAUGUAAAUCCAACCCGCAAUGACAUUUCUAUAGGCAUUAGUUUGGUAUCUCCAUCUGAUAAUCAGUUUACUAAAUCCACUUGUGAGGAUGAGAGGAACAUUCAUCAUAGAGAGGACUAUCUUCAGAAUGGAGAGGAUCAGCAAAAUAAUGCAGGAAAUGUAAAACAGCAUGGGAAGAAUAUGGACAGAGUAUAUGAUUUUUGGAAUAGUACUCAAGACACGCACCGGGAGGCGGAUUUGAAACUAAAGGGAAAGGGCACAGAAAAUCCAAGCUCUGCAACAGUCUUCAGUGGUGUGCAGGCGGAUCCAUUAGACGAUGUUGGAGAAUGUGAAAUUCCGUGGGAACAUCUGGUAAUUGGCGAAAGAAUUGGACUAGGCUCAUAUGGAGAGGUCUACCGUGCUGAUUGGAAUGGCACUGAGGUUGCUGUCAAGAAAUUCUUAGAUCAGGAUUUCUCCGGUGCUGCCUUGGCUGAGUUUCGAAGAGAGGUGCGCAUAAUGCGCAGGUUACGCCAUGCAAAUGUUGUUCAGUUCAUGGGCGCCGUGACUCGGCCACCAAACCUCUCUAUUGUCACAGAAUUUCUACCAAGGGGAAGCUUAUACAGGAUAAUUCAUCGACCUGAUUGCCAUAUAGAUGAGAAACGACGAAUUAAAAUGGCUCUUGAUGUGGCCAAGGGUAUGAAUUGUUUGCAUACCAGCACACCAACCAUUGUUCACCGUGAUUUGAAGUCACCAAAUUUGUUGGUUGAUAACUAUUGGAAUGUCAAGGUGGGUGAUUUCGGACUUUCACGCUUGAAGCAUAAUACCUUUUUGUCAUCCAAGUCUACUGCAGGAACGCCUGAGUGGAUGGCUCCCGAAGUUCUUCGCAAUGAACCAUCAAACGAGAAGUGUGAUGUGUAUAGUUUUGGUGUAAUCCUAUGGGAGCUAGCCACCCUCAGACUUCCAUGGACCGGUAUGAAUCCAAUGCAAGUAGUGGGUGCCGUGGGUUUCCAAAACCGUCAUCUCGAAAUUCCAAAAGAAGUCGAUCCAUUAGUCGCCAGGAUAAUUUUGCAGUGUUGUCAAACUGAUCCGAGUUUGAGACCUUCGUUUGCGGAACUUACAGUUGCUUUAAAGUCACUGCAACAUUUAGUCAACCCUUCUUCUCAGUUUGACCAGCAGAGUUCGCAACAGAUCACACAAGAGAUUUCGGUAAAUUCUACACCUUGAGUGAAUAUGAAUUAGUGGGGAAAAAAAGUCAUUUUGUGUAUAAAUAUGGACGGACUACUACAUAAAAAGAAAUUAUAAAUAUUAUUGGGUUGGCUCUAGGUCGCCUGUGCCUCUAGUGGGAUGAUGUUUGUUCAUAGUUUUGGUUUGGUGUGUUGGGAUUGAAUUUAUGUAUUUAUAGGAUUUCUAUGAAAGAAAAUUGUCAAACAAUUGUUAUAAACAGUCAUAGUAUUAUAAACUUAUUUGGUUUACUA